AUGUUGCUGUUCACGGUUCUGGUGGUUCUGGUCGGCCUGUGCGUUUUGUGUCGUUGGUUGAUUCCCUGGUUGGUUCAGACUAACGCCACUCUGGCUCUGCUAUGGUACGACGUCCUGCUGGAGACAACGCUCGACCUUCUGACCAGAAAAUCACGACCCCAGCGGCUCCUUCAGGCUGUCAGUAUAAAUGCAGUCAAAGGAAAUCCAGACAGCGUAAUCAAAACCAUUGAUCACUUCUGUCAACACACGGAGUGGGCCAUGAAUGUAGGAGAUGAGAAAGGAGCUAUCUUGGACUCUGUUGUCAUGGAAACCUCUCCAUCCACCAUGCUGGAGUUGGGAACCUACUGUGGUUACUCUGCUGUCCGUAUCACCAGGCUGUUACCCCCAGCAACAAGGCUGAUCACCGUGGAGAUGAACCCUGACUACGCUUGCGUGGCGCGACAGGUCAUCCAGCACGCAGGACUGCAAGACAAGGUGUGUGUGUUGGAGGGUCAAUCAGCUGACCUGAUUCCCAAGAUGGCCGACAUGUUUGGAAUCCAGUCAUUUGACUUGAUUUUCAUGGACCACUGGAAGGAACGCUACCUGCCUGACCUCAAACUGCUGGAGGACUGUGGUCUGCUGGCUCACGGCUCAGUGGUCCUGGCUGAUAACGUGAUCUGUCCCGGAGCUCCAGACUACCUGAAGUACGUCAGAUCCAACCUGAAGUACAGCAGCAGGUUCUACCAGGCUCAUCUGGAGUACACCAGAGUCCUGGAUGGACUGGAGAGGUCUGAGUUUCAGGAUGGAGAGACAGACACACAGACAGACAGGUAG